UGAGCCCUACCUUUCAUUCCUGCGGGAAACAAUAUCAAGCCCAUCCCAAUGAGGAGAGAGAAAACUACUCGAAACUACAGAUGGAGGCGGCAGUGAGCACACUCAUGACUCAUCUCACCGCGCUAUACUUGAAUUCAAAUUCAUUUCCAUUUUCUAUUUCCCAUUUCAAUUCGAAUCAAUUUUCUACUCUUGUAAACUAAUCCCCAAUUUACACUCACCAACAAAAAAGAUUCUCUCCAAAAAAACCAAAAAAGCUUAAAACCCCUCAAGAACAAACCCUAAUACCCGCGCUUCCUUCUCUAAUCUCAAUUUUCAUUCUCAACCCCACUUCAUUUCUUCUUUGAUUUCGGAAUUACCAACUACCCAUCAAAAUUCAAUGAGUUUCCUACCGACCCUUUUCAGCAAUCAGAUUCGCGUGCUUUUUUUGUUUGUUUCCCUUGAUCUAGGGAUUGCUUCUUGAUUUUUUGUAAUUUUUUACCUUUUCUGCUUGAUUAUCUUCAAAUUUGAGAUUUUGUUUCUCUUCAAAAGGGUUGAUUUUGAGCUAUAAGUUGGUAAUGGGGGAUGAAAUGAGUUCCCAUGGUGAUUCUGAGGCAUCUGGGAGGAUCCCACAAUCUGAUUCUAAGAUGGUGGUGGGUGCAAAGCGGAGAGGCCAAGAGUUGGAGGAUGACUCUCAUGCAAGUCGUAAGCAGAUUAAGACAAGGGAUCUCCAAUCAGUUCAUCAAUCUGAAGGAAUUGAUACUGAUGAACCUGACACUUCUAAAAUAGAUGAAAGUGAGGAACACAUGGACAUUAUAGAGACUCAGAGUUCGCAAGUUCUUGAUAAGAAUGCCAUUGAAAAUGCAGAUACAAGACAUUUAGAAGGGGGAUCGAAACAAUCAAUGCAUUUGGUUGAUCAUAAUGAUUCUACACCACUGGAUCUCAAUACUGAAAUGUGCACUGAUGAAAAUACAGGUUAUAUUGAAGCUGUUGUGUCUCUAGAAGGUCCCAAAAAACAUUCCUCACAUGCAAAAGGCAAAGCCAUCCUUGAUCAUAAUCAUAUGUCUUUGGAUGGUAAUCACUUGAAUCUUAAUGCUGAAGACGUUGCUAGCUCAGCAAAUCAUGAUCCUUUAUACACCCAUAGAUCCCAAAAUAAUCAGAAGACGAAGGACACUUCGGAUAGUGGGAGAACCACAGGCCGCUUGGAGGGUAAAGAUGCUCUAAGAAAGUGGAAAGAGAUGAAGAAAAAUGGUUUUAUGUCAUCUUCUAAUAGUUAUGGAGGCAUACCAGCAGCGCCUAAGCAGCGUGGAAGGAAGAACAAAAAUGAGGUACUCAAGCAGAAGAUGAUGGAACAAGCAAAGAAGGAACAGGUUGAUAGAUUUACGAAGAUGGCUGCUCCUAGUGGAUUGCUCAAUGGAUUGAACCCUGGAAUUAUAAACCAUGUAAGGAAUAGUAAACAGGUGCAUUCCAUUAUUCAGGCACUUGUGAAAUCUGAGAAAAAGGAAAAUCGCAGACAAGCAAACGAGAUGAAAAGUAGAGAACUAUCUGAAAGAAAUACAGAACAAGAAAAUUUAAAUAUUUCUGGGGUACAUGGAUCUGGUCUCUCUUAUUCAAUGCCAGAAAGCAAUUUACUCUAUGAGAACCAUUUUUUACAUCAUCCUUCAAACUUAUUUAGUUCAGGGGAUAGGACUGGAUGCAGGGACUCCGUCACCGAGCAGAGGAGAUCUUACCCAAAUGUAUCUUUGUUUUCAAACACCAAGAAUUACAGUGAGAAUGAUAUACUUGCUCUAAAGUUGGCAUCAUCAUCUAAGGUCACAGAAAGUACCAGCUGUCUUUCCAAUGAGGAAUCAGCAAAUGGCAGCAGUGUUGACACUCUUUCUGUCAAAGCUGCUACAGUAGCUUCCCAAUGGCUGCAGCUUCUACAUCAGGACAUAAAAGGCCGUCUUGCUGCUUUGCGUCGAAGUAAGAAGAGAGUACGUGCUGUUAUUACUACUGAGUUGCCUUUCCUGCUGUCAAAAGAAUUCCCUCCCAACCAGGAGAUUGAUCCUUAUGCUAUGAAGGAUUCUACUUCUGGUUACACUAGUAAAGCAACAGCUGAAUUGCAUCAAUCUCAUUGGAGUAAGCUGUUCAACCAGAUGGAUAAUUCUCUUUGUGAAGAGGAGAAACAACUGGAGUGCUGGAUAAAUCAAGUAAAUGAAAUGAUGUUACACUGUGAUCAAGGUCUGCAACAUGUACAUUGGAACACAAUAUUUGAGAUGCAGCAUGUGGGAAUUGUAGAUAACAACUUAAGAUCAAAGAUUGAUGAUCCGGAGAAAGAUUUGUCUGUAAGAGCUGCAGCAGCUUCCAUUUACUCGACGUGCAAUUUUCUUUCGUCAAGGGAAAAUGUCAGCUGCUGCUGACCAUUCUUCCCAACAUCUGAGAGUUGCUUGUUUCCAGUUACAGUUUUUUCGCCCUUUUCCUUACACAGUUCCAGAUCUUCUGAUCACCAUGUGCAUUUACAAAUUUCACCGCCCUGUUCCCCUGCGGAAUAAUGAUCUGUCUGAGCUUGUUUCCAUGUAGAAUUAGCUGGUGAGUUCACCAAUGUAUCCAGUCAAUUUUCUUAGAUGAUAGGUGUAGAAAACUGACAGUUUGGAUAUUCAUGUUAUAGUAGUUAGGAGAAAUUUUUCUUUACCCUUUUUCUGCUACUUGAUUCUCGAAAGUAGCUAAGCCAUUGUGCUUUACUGUAUUUAGGUGACUGAAUAAUUGUGUUCCGAAAUCUGAUAUGUCUCUGCUUGCGUAUUC